GGUGGUUUACACAUGCUAGUUCUAGAGCAGUGAAGUUAGCAUCUAUGUGCAAUGAAAUAUUUGUCAGGUGAUACAUUUAUAUCGAAAUGUCUUCUAAUACGAUGAAAAUGAAGAAACCCACUCUGAAAGUAACUCCAUCUUCGAGAGUUCUUAAUAACUCAACAUCAGGAAUACUUCGUGCAAAUCACAGUACAACACGAAGUGUCAACGCUUCAGUCAGCCGAAAAAGUCUGUCUUUAGCUGGUGACAGUAAAGUCCUCGACAAGAGCUCACUACAGACUCCAAAGCAUAUGGUGCAGGUGUUCGAUGAAAAUGGCAAAGAUGUCACACCACAGCCUCUGUUUCAUCCAGACCCUGGAGGUAUACAACCUAAACAGAGCAAAAUCUUCACAGGUCAUGACAACUCAGGUGCUACUAUGUCAGACUUCUUCUCUACUGCAUUCCAGACAACCAAUGCAAGUUUUGCUGGGCCCUUUACAAGGUCUGUUUUUGGAAGUAGUACAGUGUCUAGAUCAAGCCAGUCUACCAUGGAUUCAAUGACAGAUGAAAUUGAAGACCCAUCUUCUAAACGGGAUGUGACCAUCAGUCUUUCAGAUGUCCAAGUGAGAAGAGAGGAGGUUAGAGAGCAGAUCAUGGAGGACAUGCUGGAUGAGGUGGUGGAUCACUACCUCACGGAGUCGGACACCAUCUGGCUGCUGGACUUGCCUGCGGUGUCUGUGUCUGUGGACUCUGAGGAGGCAGAGGCUGUGAGAGAGAGAAGCAACGCUUACACAGAGUUGUGUAAAAAUAGAAUGGGGAAUGAUAAGUACAUGGAGCGAUCAAUGCAGACAUUCAAUGGAGCCCCCAAAAAUAAAGAGGUUCAGUGUGAGGCUAUCACCAUGGCUGAUGCAGCUACCAUGGCGACCACCUGGGAUUUGUAUGACUCAUACUGCAGUGGCAGUGCUGUGGGCCUGGCGUCGCAGGCUGCAGAUGGAGAGCCUGGCUGUGCCGAGGUGAUCUCCAGCCACAGGCUCGACAGCUCCACAACCCCAAACAUGAGCAUGUCUGUCGUCAGCUCCACAAGUAUAGCUAGCGGUUCUAGCACCUGUAUCCAGGUGCAGGCCUACGAGGUGCAGCUGGAGGAAGAACCGGACCCAGGGCUCAUCCUCCAAUCAGACAAGUUCAAGCUGGACCUGGUUGCCAUGGAGAGGGUGGUUCUGGAGAACAUCUAUCAGCCUGAGCUGGCUGCGUACAGACAGCUAACAGUUUUUCAAGACCCUGACUGUAAGCUGCAGGUGGCGGUGGACCCGGUGAGCAUCACCGACGGGGAGGAGGCCUUAACUAAGACCCCAACCAUGGAGCGCCUCUGGUCCUUCACCUGCGUGCUCACCGCUGGACGAAACGUCAGCUGCAUGGCCUGGAACAAAAAGAAUCCGGAUCUGUUGGCUGUUGGAUAUGGACAGUUUGAUUUCAAAGAUCAGAAAUCAGGCCUUGUGUGCUGCUGGUCCCUGAAAAACCCCAAGUGGCCAGAGCGAAUCUUUCACUGUGAGAGUGGAGUCACAGCCCUUGACUUCUCUGCUUCUAAUGCCAGCCAGUUAGCUGUGGGCAUGCACGAUGGCAGUGUUGCCACAUAUAACGUGCAGAGCACAGAAAACUCCCCCGUUGUAGACAGCAGUGACUGUGUCCAUAAGCACACCAGUGCCGUGUGGCAGUUGAAGUGGGUCGACCAGGAGAGGGGUCUCUCGGGCGACGACAAAGGCGAGAGCCUCAUCUCAGUGUCUGCCGACGGCAGAAUCAUUAAAUGGUUCCUGCGCAAAGGACUGGACUGCAUCGAUCUGAUGAAACUUAAGCGGACCAGAAAUGACAAGCCAGGCAAGCAGGCAGGAGAGAAGGAGAGGAAGACGGAGGCUUUCAUCUCCCGACAGGCCCCGGGAAUGUGCUUUGACUUCCAUCCCGAGGACUCCAACAUUUACCUGGUAGGCACAGAGGAGGGCUUCAUCCACAAAUGCUCCUGUUCAUACAACGAGCAGUUCCUGGAGACGUAUCGUGGACACAGAGGCCCCAUCUAUAAGAUCGAGUGGUCUCCCUUCUGCACUGACGUCUUCCUGAGCUCCUCGUCGGACUGGACAGUCCACCUGUGGCAGCAGGACUUCUGCACGCCCGUGCUGAGCUUCACUGCCACCCACAGGGCUGUUCACGACAUCAAGUGGUCCAACACGUGGCCCACCAUGUUUGGGGCGGUCAACGAGGGCAGGGUGGAGAUCUGGGACCUUGCAGUGAGCAUUCUGGAUCCAACCGUAGUGAGCCCAGCCAAGCCAGGGGUCAAGCUCACCACCCUGCUGUUCGCCAUGAAAACAGAGUGCAUUCUGGUAGGAGACAGUGACGGGCAGGUCAGCGUCUACCAGCUCAGGAACAUGCCAGCUGGAGACACUCCUGCAGUGGACAUUUCAAAAGAAAGAGUGCACUUCCAAAACAGUGGGGCAAACAACCAUCAAGUCAAGGUGGAGAUGCUGCAGGACAUCAUCAAGUCGUCCCUGGCCAGUCAGCUGUGAGCCGCCAGGAGGCUUGGGCUCCGGUCCAAGGGAGGUUCUGGAGGCCCGUGUGGGUGCGGUGCAGUGGCGGUCCAGAGUCUGCCAGUCUGGCCCGGGUCCCCCCACUCUCCAUCAUCCCUCGGUGACGUUAAUUGCGUUUGUCCGUCAGACUGCACGACUCCGCUGCUGAAUCACAAUGAGAUUACCUCAAGCAGGAGCGUCCACCCAAAACCCGAUUUGUUGUUUCGUAUGAAAAUAAUACUACUAAUAAAAAAAAAACCACACACAACUGCUCCUCUCUUCACGUUACUAGAGAUAAAAGAGACCGUCUGUUUCUGUGAGAUAGGACAUGGUCAUUUAAUCCUAUUUAUGAGCCAUCGGCACAGUUUCAGAGCUACUGUAGAUUCAAAGUUAAUAACAGUGUCGUGAAUACAUUCACCAGAACCUGACAACUUUGGUGCACUUCUCAUCAGUAGGCUAUCUCUGUGUGUAAGGCCAGA